AUGUACCGGCCGCGCACGCCGAGUCCCGUCCACCAACCUGUCGACUACGACGGCCCGCUGCGCACGGCCGAGGAGGACGUCCGGCAAUGGCGCCAGUACAUCGGGCGCCUGCAGGGCAAGCUCGUCCCGGAUGACGCCGGCAAGUCCCGCAUCUCGUCGCGCUCUUCUUUCGCCUCUCCGGCGCAAGCCGUCGCGGCGAUCCAGGCCCAAGACGACUGGAUGCGCCUGAAAGAGCGUACGAUCGUCGAGCGCCAGCACGACGUAGAAGGACUCCUUGAGAAGGCCAAGCGCGACCGCGACGACGCCGCUCGUCGAAUCUCGACUCGCCAAGAUGAGCUGCGCGAAGCCGAGAAGAACGCCACUCGAGUGUUCAAGCGCGAUGCGUUCGCCAGCAUCUUGGGCUCUAGCACGCAGAAGCGCCACGAGAAGCACAAACGACGUUUCUUCCUCGUGCGACAGGAGAUCGGCAACGUCAUGGGCGAGUGGCAGUACCAGGACGACCUCGUCGCUGGCCUCGAGCACCUCUUGAGCACGCUUCGCAUCGUGAUGCUUAGCGACCAGGAGCACGUCUACGAUGCGCCGCCGCCGACUUACGACGCGCACCUCGACCGACCGCCGUCCCGACACCGAGAAGAGCCUGUCCCGCACAGCGUCCCUCGUCGCACUGCCCUUGAACGACCCGACACGACCUACAGCAUCGCCGGGAUCGACAUUAGCGACUUCUACGACCCCCAGGGCGAUGGCCUCGGCCACCACGCCGUCCCGUCACACUACCCGUCGAGCGCCGCACCGGGACAAGUCCAUCACGCGCCGCAGCACCGCCAGUCGACUCACGCUACGUCCUACGACCCGGAACUGGAGCAUCGACCCACGGUGACGAGUUCUGGGCGGAAUUCUCGUCACUCGUGGGUCCCCUCAAGCCCUAUCAGCUCAGCCCACCUCCUCUCGCCCGUCGAGCGCAAUGCGUCCUCCUACAUGCAGUCAGCUUGGAACUGGGACCAUGUCGACGACGAGCCGAGGCAGCCUGAACCUGCCGCCUCUCCCCACCACCCCGGCCCGCGCUUGCGCCCAAUCCGCUCGACCUCGCCGCACGCCGCGCAGCACCACCACGACCAGCAUCCGCGUCACGUGGACCCUGGGCACCGCUCUGCCCAUACGCGCAGGCCAGCUCCCGGCGACCUGCGCGUCGACACGACCGUCGGCGGCGGUCGCCCUCUCACGCCGCCCUGGGAGAGCCACGCGUGGCUCCACGCGAGCAACGAGGCGCACGACUUCGCCCCGAUGCCCCAGAUCGACGCCAUCAACCCGGGCGCCUUCAGUCCCGACACGGCCUACACGGCACGCGGUCGGCGAUAA